AGAAAAUAGACUAGAUAAGAUUCCUAUAAAUGUGGGGACAAUUCUAGAGGUUUAAGGUGAAGAUUGUAUGGUCCUUAUGGUCGUUAUGAUGAUGAUGAAGACUCAAGUGCAUUCAAGGCCUUCAUCACUGGUGUCAUUGCUCACAUAUUCCCCUCGCAGAGCAAUUAGAGCUUCACGAGAUCAUGUUCGUGCGGGCAAUCUAAAAAUUCACAUUCCUUCAGGUUCUUCAUCAUCAAGUUUAUGUUCAUGCGGAAGAAGACAUUUACUUGGAACAGCUAGCCCAAGGAAGCCCAUUCUUCCCACCCAUUCUCCUCAUGCUGCACGAUCCAAGGAUGUUUCAGGAACAUUUCAGUCUCAGAGGCCAGACUGGUACAAGGAGCUUUUUGCUUGGUUCUUAAGCACAGGAAUGAGAUCUUAUGAAGCAGAGAUCGCCGGUUACAAGAGGAAACUGUUCAAUAAUCUGACUGCUAAAGCAGAAAAAGUGCUGGAGAUUGGUGUUGGUACAGGUCCUAAUCUGAAGUACUAUGCAAGUAAUGAAAACGUCUGUGUUUUCGGUAUGGACCCAAAUCAGAAAAUGGAAAAGUACGCUUGCGAAUCUGCUAGAGAAACCGGACUGAAACCUGAAACCUUUAGAUUCAUGCAAGGAGUAGGAGAAGCUAUACCAUUAGAUGAUGGCUCUGUGGAUGCAGUCGUAGGAACACUUGUUCUGUGUUCUGUCUCAGAUGUUACUCAAACACUUGAUGAGAUCAAGCGGGUUCUGAAACCGGGUGGGAUUUUUCUGUUCAUUGAGCAUGUAGCGGCUGAAGAUGGAACAUUUUUCAGGAAUGUCCAAAAUGUAUUGGAUCCAGUACAGCAAGUAGUUGCAGACGGAUGUCAUUUGACAAGAAACACCGGCUUGUACAUUUCCGGUGCUGGUUUUGGUGGUGGCGCUGAGAUCAACACUGCGGCAAUCUAUAGCUUCCCUUGGAUAAUCAGACCUCAUGUUUAUGGUGUUGCGUAUAAGUAACCAUAUUGGAAGUAAGAGGAAAGAUGAUAUCAAGAUUCGUGUGCUAAUUUAUAUUAGCAGAACUCUCUUGUAUUAUGCAACUUUGGUAAUUUGUGGCAAUUUUCUUGGACUCUUUUAAAUAACUAUGGUGUAGUGCUUGGAUUUCAUCAAAUCAACUUUCUGUAUUGAGAAAAUGCAAAAGCAAUAGAGACUAAAAAUUAAAGAA